GCGGAGACGCGCGCAAUUCUCAUUCAUCCGCCGAACGCAGCGUAAUCAGCACGCCGACAGCUACCCCUCGUCACGUACAUAAUACAGCGCACACCGCCGCCGCCACGGUUAUAUUUUCAUCCGUCGUCGUCGUCGUCGUCAUCACACCGUGAAAACCGUUUGGACUCGCCUAUCUCUUACACUCGUUGUACGCGCACGGAGCUACACGGUCGUCCGCUUCCGUUUUUCAACCUAGAAGAAUGAAAUAAAUACACAGUAUUUUGAAUUCACACUAUCAUAAAGUUUAAUUGGGUUCACAAUAACUGUAAAUAAUGAAGAUGAUGAAACAUUAUUGGUAACUUUUUGAAGAGGCCAUCCAUUAGUGAAACUUGGGAUAGUGGAUACAAUUACUUUCACGCUUUAUGAGUUCCUGGACAUCGGGAGACCCGAGUGCGGUCGGAUCGCGUACAGCAGAUGGAAUCUCGGCGGUGGUGCGGGCGGAGGCAUCCGCAUCAACAGCGGGUCGACGGUCCGACGGCGACGACAGUACGUGCGGUGGUGACGGUAACAGCAGUGGCCCACCAGUGUUGACCGUUCACAUGACGUCCGAUAACGAUGGCGAUUCCGUGGCGGCGUCAUCGGGCUACAGUGAUUACCCAAAUCCUGUGCCCGGCGCUAAAACGGGUCGUGUACCCACCACCGCCGCAGCCAAGGGGAUACUGGUGCACAACAACAAGAAAUCGGCCAAUACGAACCGUGUGAGUUUCGUCACGAAUUCGUCUUCAUCGACAUCCUCAUCGUCAUCUCCUUCACCGUUGGUCGAGCGGUCUAAGAAAAAAAAUCAUCAGCAACAGCGAUCGGAUAACGAGAGCGACGAAGUCCAGCAGUUACCUUACUAUGCCCGGACUGGCAGACGACUUACGGGUUUUGGCGUCAAGAGUUACUUGCACGAAUUCUAUGACGAUCCUGAUGACUGCGAAUUGUUUCAGGACGACGAUGGCAACGACGAUGACGACUUCAAAUACUUUGUGGAACCGGAAAUCCGCUGGUACCACCACUGCAGUGGCGCGUUCGCAGUGCUCGGGCUGGUCGUCAUGGCUGUGGGCGCGACGGCGAUGGCCGUCGGCCACCUGUUACCGGCCAAGGACCCGGUGGUCGACCGGUCCACUCACAUGGAGGUGAUCGACCGAAGGGCCGUCUCGUUCAACGAUCACUUGGCUUCGUGCCGUUACAUCGGUUCGAUGGUGUUCGCCGUCGGCUUCGUGUUCACCGUGGUCCGGUUUUGGACGUCAGUGAUAAGGAACGGCGGUCGCAAAAUCGGCGGCAAUGGCGACAUGCGGGCUGCCAAGAAACUGCGGGUCGGCAAGGAACGAUCGUCGCCGACCAGGACGCAAACCGUCCGAAUACCCAUCUCGGGCAGGUUGGAGAGCGUACAGCCUGACCCCUUGGCCAUAAAACUGCAGUUCGCCGACAGCGGUUAAAAGACUAUAAAAUUUCAAAACGCAAUAUAUUAUUAAAAUUUAUUAUUACAAUUUAUAACAUUGUAAUUGAUAUGCUGUAACAUCACAUGUCGAGUACCUUCUAAACUGUGUUAGUGUAAACUGUAUAGAUAGCAUUGUCGUUGUUAUUAUUAUUAUUAUUACUAUUAAUAUUAUUGUGACGAUUAUUUAUAUAGUAUAUGUAUAUAUUAUAAACCUGAAAAGCUUAAGCUCGUAAUGUGAUUGUGCACAAAAAAAAACAUUUGAAAUUUCCAACUUGAUAUACACAAAACAAUGAUUACUAGUGUAUACUUACUAUGAAUGGCAAACGACGGUGGUUUUGCGGAGUUUUCAUCGUGCGUUGACUUCCGCAAAGUACGUAGUCUAAACAGUUUAACGUCGUACUCUAGGCCCAAUCAAGUUUCAAUAGUAUCGCCCCAUUCUCUAGAUUUAAACACAGUAUUUCAUUUUUCGUUAAAGCACACAGAGUCUGACAUUAUUUGUGAUAUUUUUUUUCUUUUAAAUUUACUAUUUCGUUAAUGUGUUAUUACUUCAACUAUCAACAACAUCAAGAAGUAAUGUCUAGUGUGAUAAUUUUAUAUAUGAAUCAUCGGAUGUUUUGCUAAAAACUGUUCUUCGGACAAAAAUAAUAUUCUCCUAUUGACUGUUAAAAAAGAAUUUAUGUUUUUCAAUAAUAAUAAUAAUAAUAAUAAAUAGGCGAAAGAGCUUAUGGAAUUCUGGUCUUCGCUAUAAAGAUUUGCGGUAAUAGCAUUGUACUUAAGGAAUUGUUAUUUGUUCUUGAUAUAAAUUAUUUUUAUUUGUUUAUCAUUGUCAAAUAAGAUAUUUCAAAAAAUAAAAUAAUAUUUAUUUAGCGUGCAAUGUUUAACACACAUACAUUCUUAUAUGUAACCACUUUUUAAAUAUAAGAAUAACCAUUAUUAUGAUAUUAAA